AUGGAUGCCAAACAUGUCAAGUCUUAAAAUUGCAUGCACUUGUUAUAUCAUGAAAUACAAUGACUGAUGAUCAGUGUAGUCAGCAGUGCCACCCGUCAGUGUCCGUCAAUGCCAGCUGUCAGUGCUCAUCAAUGCCACCUGCCAGUGCCCAUCAGUGCCAGAUCAAUGCCACAUAUCAGUGCCUACCAGUGCACAUCAAUGCCACAUCAGUGCCCAUCUGAGCUGCCUUUCAGUGUCACCUAUCAGUGCCAGUCAAUGCCACCUAUCAAUGCCACUCAGUGCCACAUAUCA